AUGAACCAGCACGCUCAAGCUAGAACCGCCAACAACGGGAGAAUGAUGACAAACAAGCCUGGCACUUGGGCACAAGCCGGUGUUCCAUCAGCGCCGAUUACUGCUCAACCUACUCGAGAUUCUGUAGCCCCGGAUAACUGGGCCCAGGCUAUGAACUCAAGGACCAAUACCCAGCUCGACCUUUCAGCCUCCUCCUUUCCCAGUCUGAAUAACAGUGGCCUACAAUCUCAGAGUCAUAAUGUUAGCUCUAGUGCGUGGCAGACUGGCCCGCCGCAAAAUGAACAGGCUCAAAGACAACAAUUACAGUCGGCACGGUCCCAUAUGUCCUCACGACAGCAACAGCAGCAGCCGAGCACCAGUCGAGAUGGGUUUUACCCUACUGAUACCUACUCGAGAAACGCGCCGAUGGAAUAUUCUUCAGAGUCGUCGUCGCAACCAGUACGGCGAGCCAGUCAGAUACCAGGUGGACCUCCCGGUCUCGUACAGAGGCAAACAAAUCAGCAAAGUGACAACAUAUCGAGCGACCCAGGCAGGGUCACAUCCCCUUCCGGUCCGACACAGAUUUCUCGCUCACCAAUAUCUCAAAGCAUGAAUGCUGCCAUAGGACAAGAGAGAUUCUUGGGACCAGAUGGACGGUCACAAAAUAAAGACUACGCACAAGACUCGCCAUCUCAGUCGGUAGGGGUUCAAUCAAGGGAGGUGUUGGUCGAUCGAGAUACCGGCGCGAGACCAGGCCAGUCUCUCGAGUCGAUAUUUGCCGGCAUGACCGAGAGGGAGAAGUUUGGUAUGAAGGGAUACAUUGCCGAACAAGACAACGCAAGUCCUGCAGCGAGGAGUUUAAUGAAGGGAGUGGACUUGUCAACACUGGGAAUCAACAUGAGUUCUCCAGAGCCGCUACUAGCUUCAUACCCUGGCCCGUGGGCGGAACCGAAUGCUCAACCGUUACGCCCGUUGGACUCGGAAUACAGCAUACCAGAUUGCUAUACGGUGAAAAAGAUUGCGCCCCUGUCAAGUCGAAUCAAUGGAUUCAUGGAUGAGACGUUAUUCUUCAUUUUCUACACCAUGCCUCGAGAUUACACGCAGAUGCUGGUAGCUCAAGAGUUGGUGGCGCGGAAAUGGCGAUACCAUAUGAGAGAGAAACAAUGGCUUACCAGAGACGAGGCAUCACCGAGUCCAGUAUUAUUGGAUGACAAGGUCAGCGAACAAGGCUAUUACAUCUGGUGGGACACAAAACUAUGGAAGAAAGUACGGCGAAUUUACACGUUGAGAUACGAAGAUCUGGAAGAGCAACCCAGCAUGGGAAAUCGAACAAUGCAUGCCGCUGCAAUGGGAGCAAUGGCUAGUGGAAUGAAUGGCGGAAUGACUGCCGGUAAUUUCAAUGCUGUGCCUAGCCUGGAGAGGAUGGCUGCCAGUGGAAGAGGAUUCUAA